GUUCCGACGAGGCCCAUUAUAGACUUUCUUUUUGGCAGUCUACUCGUCAUAUUUCGAAUCACCUCUUGAUUCCAUGUGCUGAAAACCGAUUUGUCGUUGGCCCGCUAUACGCCCGUGAUUGGGCGGCACGUAAACACCGGCCGACGUUGAUAAGAUGAUGAACUCGUCUCCAUCAGGGUCCAGAACCUCGACACUGCGCAACACAUCCAAGGGGUAAAUCCACCUCCAGUAUAUCCAAUGCCAGGUACCUUCGGCUAUCUCUCGCCAUGGUUCAUCAAGCUGUUACGCUGCCGGUUUUACAACGUCUCGGUGAUAUAGCUCCGUGAUAGUAGAGGGGAACCUCUAUGGCUGAUGCCGGUGACCGUUGGGCGAUACUGCGAUACUGCGAUACUGCGAUAUCAGCCAUUCAGACGAACAUUGAGGGUCUCACCGACUCCACUCUACGACGGGCCCCGGACGGUGCCGCGGCUCCAUUUACCUCUUUCCGGCUACCACCGGACCCGCCCAUUUUAGCAUCUCUGUUUUUUUUUUCACUGAGGUCGCCGUCGUGCGUGUUUGCGAUUUGCGCCCGCUUGUUCUCCUGGUCGAUAAUUGGAUCCCCUUCGCUUCCCCGCCGUGUCCCUUUUUUCCCUCUCUCUCUCUUUUCCCUUCUUUACACCGCUCGCCAUUCUUGUGAAUUUUGUACGUACUUUGAACGUACAGUCCGCUCACAGCAGUUCCGAGUCCCCUAGGUUGCUUUAGCCAGCCCUCCUUUAUAUCCCACAUAGAUAGGCGCGAGCCGUCCAGAACCUCUUUCCCCUCUUUUCUCUCUUCUCUCUCUCAACAUGAGCGCCAACGCCGAAUCUGCCCCCCAAGCGGCAGACCUUGUUACCUCGACCCAGGACAACACCGCCAACACGCAAUCCACCAUCAGCCAAGAUGCCGCGGGACUCGAGUCCUCCUCCUCCCCCGCCGCCGCCGCCGAACUCGCCAGUACAAAGGUAAAGCUGAUGGCCGCCUUGAGGUCGUUCCCCGACUUCCCCAUUCCCGGCAUCAACUUUAUCGAUAUCCUCCCCCUCUUCCAGGACGUUAAGACCCACGAGGCCCUCCUCGUCGCUCUCCAGCUCCAGAUCGAGCUCUCCCACCAGAAGCCCGAUGUCAUUGUCGGUCUCGAUGCCCGCGGCUUUCUUUUCGGCCCCUCUCUUGCCUUGAGAAUGGGUGCUAGCUUCGUCCCCGUCCGCAAGCAGGGCAAGAUGCCUGGUCCCUGCGUCACUGCCGCCUACGAGAAGGAGUACGGCACCGACUUCUUCCAGAUGCAGGAUGGCGCCAUCAAGCCCGGCCAGAAGGUUCUUAUCGUCGACGAUAUCAUUGCUACUGGUGGCUCCGCUGCUGCCGCUGGCGAGCUCGUCAAGAAGCUCGGUGGUGAGACGAUCGGUUAUCUCUUCAUCCUUGAGAUUGCUUUCCUCAAGGGUCGUGAGAAGCUCGGCGGUGUUCCCGUCACCACUCUUCUCGAGACCGAUGAGUAGACUCAAAAAAAAAAAAAACCAUAUCGGAUUCAUCACGACAUGCAUUUACGUCCAGAAUCUACGCUACCGUUAUACCCAAUGUCUUAUAUCACCGGCCUUAUACAUCAGGCAAACAUUGGCCCCUCAGGAUCUACGACUCCCUUUACAAUUCUCGCUAUUGAUAUACGCCCUUUCGACACACGAUUUGGAUCUAAACGGGGAAGAAGCCAGAACGUUACAGACCCGACGGUCGCGAUUUGAACAUCAACGGAUUACCGGGGCGUCGGCAAGCCAACGGAGAGAUAUGGUUGAGUUCUGCUCUCAGAUACCAGUCAAACAAAAGUUGGGACACGAUGGAUUGGGGACUUUGGUUCUGCAUUUACCUGGCGUUCGGGUGCGUUACAAAAAAGUGGGGUUCAAUGGAAGGUAUCAAUGGUUCAAAGCCAACCUUCGGCCGUGAGAGAGGAGGAUGCCAUUGAGUAAAACCGUUUGUCUUUUUUUGUGGGCGCAUGAUAGACCGUUAACUUGACGUCGAGAGAGUGAGGGUGAAACUAUUGCAGCAUUGCAAAGAUCAUCCGCCAUUGCCUAGGCCCUUUCUUUCGCUACGAAGCAUGGCCGUCUUGCUACUUGUUUCUGUGCUACAUACCCGAAUGUCUGAAACACGCAAAGCUUAUCGCAACAUUCUCACUGUGACAUGUCUACAGGGAGCCAAUGCAGGAACACCGCGACAAGGACGCUGAGCAGUUACGGCAGUACAACAGCGGUUUUUCCUUUUUCUUUUGUGCUCCUCUUCUUUGAGGGUAUGAUUGCGGUAUCGCCAUUUACGACGACUUUGUGCGGUGACAGCUCUAUAUCGCCCUCAACAAAACCAAAGAUUCCCAAAAUCUUUCGCUUCGUCGUCAUAGCAACACUUGGGAUCAUCCAAUUGGUUAAUUCCUAUUAUCAACAAAAUGUCGAAGUGGCUAUCAAUUUCCAACUGCAGGUCAUCAUUGCAAGAAAC